ACAGUGACGUCCUCGUUUCCACUGUUCCUUUGACGGUUUUGGUUUUGGAACUAUCGAACUGUACAGAACAUUCAUGCCGCGCUCUCAUCAGCGUCUGUGACUCCCUCGUGAGCGCGUGAUUGUGUGGUGAGCAACCAGAGCCGCGACUGUCGAUCAUUCAUCAGCUCCCGCUUCGUCUCAUUAUCCGCCUUUGUCCCACCCGUAACGCGAAAAAAAAUAUAAGCCUUUUUUGGAAACUCAGUUGUGGCUUAGGGGGAUGGUUGAUAUCGUGAAGCGAGGAUGAGGAGAGUCGACAGGACUUAUUGGAGUCAUGGCCGAGAUUGUUCUUCGGAAGCAUUGCGUGGGAGCUUUGGGAUGCUGUUGUUUGGAGUGAUUGGUGGACAGUAGGGUAAGUUGUGGCUUGGAAGUGUUUGUGCUGCAGAAAUGGCGUGUUGGUGGGCGGGUGAUUAGGCGGGUGACGGAAUGAGGGUUAGAUAAUUAUUUUUCAUGACAGAGCUCCUGGAGUGUUGCAAUUGGUUUUCUGGUUUGAGGUCAUGUUUGGUGCUGGUUUCGUGACGCUGCUUGAGAGUUGUCCCGACAAGCUGAAGAGAUAGGGGUGACUUAAUUUGGUAUUUCGACUUUGUGUUGAGAUUCAGGAUUUUUGGGGUUAAGAGAGAAAAGCAUGAUGUUCAGAGAAAAGAACAUAGUCUUGGUUUUCACUCGAGGGUCGGCAACGGUUUAUAAAAGUCUUGAAGAUGGGUUUCCUUGACUUGGUGACGGAAUGUCUGUUCAAGUCAUGGUCUUACGCAGGGCUCUACACACCUACGAGAUAGUAUUUUCUCUCGGGCAAUGCAUGAAGAUUGCACUCUUUUUCUGAGGUUGCGUAGGCUGCUCUUCGUGUCUUGUUUGCUGGCGGUUUGAAUUUUGUCGCUUUGGACAGAGCAGACGAAAGUCACUUCAUGAGCUCUAGCCAAGGCAUUAAUAUAUCCCGAAUUGCAGAGGUAUGGCUGGAGCAAUGGGGUGUACAGGAAGGAAGAGUCCCAGGUCCCAGAAUCAAAACUUUAGGGUCGCAGUGUUCACUUUGUGUGUUUUUGGGUUGAUAUUCUUGGCAGAGCUUCUUGUUGCAGUAAGGGCCGAAAGAGAGGAUUAUGUAGACUUUUUGGAAGAGAAGAAGAAGGAAGCAGAGUUGAAUGCAACUAGGGCCAAUACUACUGCACAGGCACCAAAUUCAAGAGAAGGUAGCUUAGCUGAAGUAUUCGAUAAGCUGUUGGAAAAGGAAUUUCCAGACAAGGAGGAUUCUCAAGAAGCGCACGAGGGCUUGGUUGGAAGCAGCUUUAACAAUAGUGUAAAUAACCAGGAAGCCGAGCUGGAGACAGUGGCCAGAGUCACUCAUGACAAGCCCAAAAAGAAUGACACACAGGAAACCAAUGGAACAGCCAAACCGUUUCAACUUCAGGAUCUGAUAAAUUUAGAAUCUGGUGAAUCUGGCGCAGACGAGACGCCUCGCUUGAUAGACAAGAAGGAUAAUGUAUUUGUCAUAUCUAAUCCACGGGAGUCCUCCAUGGUCCUUCAACAAGACGUGAGAUUUAUUUCAGAUUUGGUAAUCGUCAUUGUGUCAGCUGCUGGAGGUGGCAUACUCUUCGCUUGUCUCGGCCAACCUGUGAUUACGGGAUAUUUGCUUGCGGGAUCUGCGAUUGGCCCUGGUGGACUGGAUCUUGUGAGCGAGCUUGUUCAGGUAGAGACGGUGGCACAAUUUGGUGUAGUGUUUCUUCUUUUUGCUCUGGGUCUCGAGUUUUCGACUUCGAAGUUGCGGGUUGUGCGGGCUGUGGCUAUCUUUGGAGGUUUCCUACAAAUCGUCCUUUUCAUGUGCCUGAGUGCAGUCACUGCUGUUUUCUGUGGAGCAAGGGCUUCGGAGGGUAUCUUUGUCGGUGCAUUUUUGUCGAUGUCAUCAACAGCUGUUGUGCUGAAAUUCCUUAUGGAUCGCAAUUCCACAAACACCCUUCAUGGCCAAGUCACGAUCGGAACCUUAAUUCUUCAGGAUUGCUGCGUUGGAUUACUUUUUGCUCUACUGCCCGUGCUCGGUGGUAGUGGGACUCUCAUAGCAGGCCUGGUGUCGAUGUCACGCUCGUUGUUUGUGCUGGCAGCUUUUCUUCUCUCUUGUGUUGUCCUGGCACGUACCCUUGUGCCUCAAUUUUUGAGGCUCAUGGUACGGCUCUCCAGAGAAACAAACGAGUUGUAUCAGCUGACUGCAGUGGCCUUCUGCUUCCUUAUCGCUUGGAUUAGCGAAAAGCUGGGUUUGAGCUUAGAGCUAGGUGCUUUUAUUGCAGGUGUGAUGAUCUCCAGCACGGAUCUUGCAGAACACACACUUGAGCAAGUGGAUCCGAUCCGAAACUUGUUUGCAUCCCUCUUCUUGGCGAGUAUUGGUAUGUUGAUAAAUGCCCAAUUUCUUUGGAAUCAUAUGGAUAUCCUACUAUCUUCGUUGAUUCUCGUCAUCACCUCGAAGACUAUCGUGAUCAUGUUGGUGGUCAGAGCUUUUGGUUACAGCGGCAAAAAUGCUUGUCUUGUGGGCAUGUCUCUUGCUCAAAUCGGAGAAUUUGCAUUUGUACUUUUGAGCCGGGCCUCCAAUCUCCACCUCAUUCAGAAGAAAUUGUACUUGUUAUUACUCGGGACGACGGCCCUUAGUCUCAUCACUACACCACUGCUGUUUAGAGCAAUCCCUGCUAUCCUCCACCUUGGAUCGUCGAUGCACUGGUUUCCUCAGGAUGCCAGCCAGAUUGAGAAAGGAACGUACGCAGAGCCUGAACUUGCAAGAGGUGCAGAGGAAACUGGCAGCAACAGAAGAUGGGUGAAGGAUCAAGAAUGUUUUCUGAUUUCAUCCUUGUACCAUAAUACUCUUUCAGUGAGGCCUUGAAGGUCAGUUUUUUCCUCUCGAUUGAAGGCAUAUUUUCAGGAACAAAGCUACAGUGGCUGUAAGAAGAGUUGAAGGAUGUUAGUACUUUACUAAUCCUUUCGUGAAGAUCGGUGAGAAACGGGCACGUUACCUUCAUUGUAUUAAACUGUUUUCAGUUUAGAUAAUUGACAGGACCAGCACCUGGUUAGAUUUUCUCUAAUUGUGAGUUUCAGCUACCCUUCAGGUGAGUUGGUCACAAUAUGUAGUUAUGGGGGAGUUGAAUAUGACUUGAAUGUAGAACUUAAAGUACUUAAAAGUGCAGGUAAGAAAGGUUGGACUCGAAGGCAUUGACCUGCCAAAUGAGGGAAAUGAAAUAUCUUAUACAGACAUACAAAAUGUAGCAUUUUUCAGUCCGUUGAUGUGGAAGAUAUAUCCUCCUUGGCAGCUACUUCACCGUGCAGGAUUUGGGAAAUGUCCGGUGAAGCAUGAAUCUGAGAUUUUCAUACUGUUUAAGUUUGAAGAACCUUAUUAUCAAGAAAGAAUGUGAUAAACCUUUGUAAUCAAA